GCGAGAGUCGGGUUACAAGAUGGCGGCGGCGCCGCGGUAGCUGCUGAGGCGGCGGAGCGGCGCCAGCGAGGGCCGGGGCCGCGGCGCUCUGUGGCCGGCGGGGAGCCAUGGGAAGCGGCGCGUUAAAGGCCCCGCGGUGCCCCUGAGCUGCCCGGCGGCCCCGCUUCCCCCUCGCUCCAUCGGCCUCCGGCAGGCGGAGCGGGCCCCGGUGCGGAGGCCCGAGGCCGGGGCUGCACCAUGUCGGACACCCGUCGGCGGGUGAAGGUGUACACCCUCAACGAGGAUCGGCAAUGGGACGACAGGGGCACCGGGCACGUCUCCUCCACAUACGUGGAGCGGCUCAAGGGGAUGUCGCUGCUGGUGCGCGCCGAGUCGGACGGUUCGCUACUGUUAGAAUCGAAGAUAAAUCCAAAUACUGCAUAUCAGAAACAGCAGGACACCCUGAUUGUUUGGUCAGAAGCAGAGAACUAUGAUUUAGCACUGAGUUUUCAAGAAAAAGCUGGUUGUGAUGAAAUCUGGGAGAAAAUCUGCCAGGUCCAAGGUAAGGAUCCUUCAGUGGAAGUCACGCAGGACCUCAUUGAGUCAGAAGAGGAGCACAUAGAAGAAAUGCCUGAAACUAGUCCUUUGAUCGACCUUCCGACUUGUGAACUCAACAAACUUGAAGAGAUUGCUGACCUAGUUACCUCUGUCCUCUCCUCGCCCAUCCGUAGGGAAAAGCUGGCACUGGCCUUGGAGAAUGAAGGCUACAUAAAAAAACUACUACAGCUCUUCCAAGUGUGUGAGAAUCUGGAGAACACCGAAGGCUUACAUCAUUUGUAUGAAAUUAUUAGAGGAAUUUUGUUCCUCAACAAAGCAACUCUGUUUGAGGUGAUGUUUUCAGAUGAGUGUAUUAUGGAUGUUGUUGGAUGCCUGGAAUACGAUCCUUCUUUGGCUCAGCCAAAACGGCACAGGGAGUUCUUGACCAAAACAGCAAAAUUUAAGGAGGUUAUUCCUAUAACAGACUCUGAACUCAGGCAAAAAAUCCACCAGACUUACAGGGUACAGUACAUUCAGGACAUCAUCUUGCCCACACCGUCUGUGUUUGAAGAGAAUUUUCUCUCUACCCUCACUUCCUUUAUUUUCUUCAACAAAGUUGAGAUUGUCAGUAUGUUGCAGGAAGAUGAGAAAUUUUUGUCUGAAGUUUUUGCACAGUUAACAGAUGAAGCUACAGACGAUGACAAACGGUGUGAACUGGUUAACUUUUUCAAGGAAUUCUGUGCGUUUUCCCAGACAUUACAACCUCAGAACAGAGAUGCAUUUUUCAAAACGUUGGCAAAGUUGGGAAUACUUCCAGCCCUUGAAAUUGUAAUGGGAAUGGAUGAUCUGCAAGUUAGAUCUGCUGCUACAGAUAUAUUUUCUUAUCUAGUAGAAUUUAGUCCAUCCAUGGUCCGAGAGUUUGUCAUGCAAGAGGCUCAGCAGAGUGAUGAUGAUAUCCUCCUCAUCAACGUGGUCAUUGAGCAGAUGAUCUGCGACACCGAUCCCGAGCUCGGGGGCGCUGUGCAGCUGAUGGGGCUUUUGCGGACUCUGAUAGAUCCAGAGAAUAUGUUGGCCACAGCUAAUAAAACAGAAAAAAGUGAAUUUCUCAAUUUCUUCUACAACCAUUGUAUGCACGUUCUCACUGCACCACUUCUGGCCAAUACAGCAGAAGAUAAAUGUGACAAAGAUGCAGUAGUUGGGUCCACAAAGAGUAAUACAGUUUGUCCUGAUAAUUACCAAACGGCACAACUACUUGCCUUAAUUUUGGAGCUGCUGACUUUUUGUGUGGAGCACCACGCAUAUCACAUCAAGAACUACAUUAUGAACAAAGAUUUGCUAAGGAGAGUACUGGUCUUGAUGAAUUCAAAACACACGUUUCUGGCCUUGUGUGCUCUUCGCUUUAUGAGGAGGAUAAUUGGCCUAAAAGAUGAAUUUUAUAACCGUUACAUCAUCAAGGGAAACCUGUUUGAACCAGUUAUAAAUGCUCUGUUGGAUAAUGGAACUAGGUACAAUCUGCUCAACUCUGCUGUGAUUGAGCUGUUUGAAUUCAUCAGAGUGGAGGAUAUUAAGUCCCUUAUUGCACAUAUAGUUGAAAACUUUUAUAAUGCACUUGAAUCCAUUGAGUAUGUUCAGACGUUCAAGGGACUGAAGACAAAAUAUGAGCAAGAGAAAGACCGACAAAACCAGAAGCUGAACAGUGUUCCAUCUAUAUUGCGUAGCAAUAGAUUUCGCAGAGAUGCAAGAGCCUUAGAGGAGGAUGAAGAAAUGUGGUUCAAUGAAGACGAAGAGGAAGAAGGUGAAGCUGUUGUGCCUCCAGUUGAGAAGUCCAAACAGGAGGAUGAUUUUCCAGAUAGCUAUGAAAAAUUUAUGGAAACUAAAAAAGCUAAGGAGAGUGAAGACAAAGAGAAUCUUCCAAAAAGGACUUCAGCUGGGGGAUUCAAAUUCACUUUUUCCCACUCAGCCAGCACAGCCAACAGUGCAAAUGGUGCAAACAGCAAAUCUGUGGCAGCUCAGACGUCACCAGCAAGCUCCAACGGCUCCUCAUCAAAGAACACAACCCUGACCACAGCGGUGACAGCCACCAAGGGAAGCCUGGUUGGCCUCGUGGAUUAUCCCGAUGAUGAAGAUGAUGACGAAGAGGAGGAGGCAUCUCCAAGGAAAAGACCUCGUUUGGGUUCAUAAAUGAAACCAAAACUUUGGAAUAAAAACUUUUUCUUAUGGGGUUUCAAAUGCUGCAACUGUUUUAAGAGCUAAAAAGGAAUCUGAUUCAGAAAGCUUUCUCCCAUGAGUAUAUAAGAUAAUACAAGGAGUAGCAAAAGAAACUCGGUGUAUCAGCUAGAAAGGGUUAGUUCUGUAAACACGAAGCUUCCAAGGAACUGAAUAUCUUUCUAGUAAGUCAGGAGUCUGCCAUUCAGGCUGUCAGCAAACUGAAAUCAAAAGCAGCGGGUUGGUGUUCAGAGGACCUGGAUGCUGGCUCCUCAGUGAGGAAAGGCUCAGGUGUGGGGAGGGCAGGGAGGGAAGGGGGUGUAAAACACUUUUUAAAUACUAUUGCAGGGUUUCCCCAGUGUUUAACAGAACUAGGAGAGAAAAAAUAACAAUUCAAGCUUCAAUUUCCAACCUGGUAAUCUUAAUUUUGUAAUGGUGCUGUCCGUUGUGUUCUUUUAGCAAUGCCUCUUUUAAAACUGAAGGGAAAACUAACUCUGUUUGCAGAACAAUCCAGAUUUGGGGACCAUUUCUUAGCAAUUCAGUGACAUUUCUCGUGGUUGGUCGGAGGGAGGGACACUGCAGUUCCAGUGCAUGUUGAGUUGUUUCAACCAGUUCAAAAGAAGGUUUUAAUUUGUGUUUUUCAAGAGGAGCAAAUGGAAGCUGGAUUCCAAACAGAUGGUUUUGCUUGGUUUUCCAAUUCGACAUCCAGUAAUAGCCAUGCCAAGGAACAGGCGCUUCCACAGUACCUCCAGGAGCUGCUCGUGUGGCAGCGGUGCACGUGGCCAGCCGCCGGCUUUGCGGUGGGAAGGAUCCUGAUUGGAAUUGCUGCCUGGGAUGCGAGGUGAGCUGUCUCUCCAUGGAGCAGGGAGCCCUUCCCCGUUGGUGAGGUGUAACUGAGGUGGUCAUGGGCAGCACCACCGCACUGGUCACCGCGAUGAGCUGAGCAGCGCUUUUAACACCAAAGUCACUUUGGACCAAGAUGAAAUUGUUCCUCACAGCACAGCGGGCUCUGAGGCGGGAUCCACAAGCAGCACCUGAGCCCGGGUGUCACACAAAAGCUGCUUUUUUAACCCAUCAAAGCACAUUCCACGUAGGUGACAAGUCGAGGUGAGUUGGCAGCGAGUGGAUAGAGGCAAACAGCGCAGGUUUUAUGUCCAAGAGCAGCGAGUGAACUGUAAAUACUUUAAUGUUAGUUUGCCCACAUGUGAUCUGAGAUCAUGAGGAAGCGAGAGGAGAUUCCCCAGUGACAACUGCCGUGUCAGGAAGGUUAAAACCAGCUGCAAUCCACCGCGUAGAUCACUCGUAAUACGUGUUUUGGGUCCAUUUCUCCUGGAAUAGUUUUAACUGAAGCAGUUUCUCUGUUUUGGAGAUUUUUUUGUAGGUAGUUUUAAUUUUAGCUAUUGUUUGGAAAAAGAUGGGCUGUCUGUGUAGAUAUGAAGUAUAGUUUUUUUUCCAUAAAACAGAAGUUUAUUUUGUAUUAAAAAUACCACUGUACUUGUUUUACACCAUUUGUAUACAUGUGGUGAUAUUAAUGCUGAACUGUAAAAUUCAGGAAUUAAAAUGUGACCCUGUAAUUCCAUAAGUAUUGCUUUGGUUUGGUUUGUUACACAUGGGAAGUUAACUCUGAAUUUUAAAUGUGGCCGUUUUAGAGGAUUUUUAAAGGUUAGUUAUCCAUGCAGUUUGGAAAGUAACUCUAUACCACUAGAUGAAAUCCCAAAGGGAAUGUGUGAGCUCCUCCCAGUGCAUAAGCUAACCAUGAGCAUUGAUGGAUGAGUGGACCUGGGGACAGUGGUGGUGCCCUUUGUGGCUCCAGGCAGCCAGGAAUGGGACUCCGUAUUCUUCACCCAUGGAACGAAGUGCUACUGAUGCACAAGGAAGUGUCUGCUGUUAAAGGGGAGCUGCAGCAGCAUCAUUGUGAGUUGGUGAUCAUCUGCUUUCCUUCCUGAGGAGUCUUCUGUCUGUUGUAAAGAUGAUUUAACUUCCAGCACCACACAUGCUACUCAAGAGGUGUAUGUGCCUUUACUAACCUGAGGCUGGAAAAUGCCAUCUGGUCUGUGGACCUGAACUGUUCUGAUGCUCUUUCACCACUACCCAAACCAAGCUCUCCGAGGGUCUCUGCCUGAACUGUGUCCUUCCCCUGCUCACCACCACCCCAUCUUGUCCCUCAAGUACUGGCAGGAGCUUUAAAACCACACUCAGACCAACAUGAGGAUUUUUACAGCAAGAAUAAGAAUGUAAUGAAUUUUUAUAGUUACUAGAAGCAGACUGUGUAAAGUGGCAUUAGAUGUCCCAUUUAAGGAAAAGCCCUAAAAUCCCUGUAGCAGAUGAGGUGCAGCAGCACCCUUUUCACCUGGGUCUGUCCUCCCACCCUGUGGGUGCUGUUCCCAGCCUGACCUGGUUGGUACUGCUGGGUUCUGCCUGCAGGCAGCUGUGUUCCCGUGCCUGGGGUCCUUCCACUGCUGCUCUUUGGGGGAAAGAACAGAACAUCUGCCAACGUGUACCAGUUAUAAAUGCUAUUUUAAUAAAAAGUUACAUGAAAUUUGAA